GAAGAAACAAGGAAGAGAUUGAAUUUGAUGAAGUGAGUGGGCAACACGUGUCUGUUCUUCAGCAUGCUCCACAAACAGGUGUCUCACUAUACACCAACCUCACUUUGCCUCAUAUAAGCGACCACACACCACUUUUCCGCCAUGCACAAAAGGCAGAUCUAUCCCCAAAUAACUCUCUCUUUCUUCGUCGUUUCUUUUAACUUGUUGGUAGCUCCUUCAUUUUCAGCUUCCUCUCUCAAGUCUUCAAUUUCACAAACACCUUCAAGACACUUUGAGACGGAGACAGUAGUAAUCUGAGGUGAGCUUCAAGAAUGGCGACACGGAGAUACGCGUUCGGAAGGGUAGAUGAAGCAACACAUCCAGACUCCAUGAGAGCUACCUUGGCAGAGUUUUUGUCUACCUGUAUCUUUGUGUUCAUCGGAGAAGGCUCCAUCCUGGCUAUGGACAAGUUAUAUAGGGAUUCAGGGUCGUCGGCGGGGGAGCUGACGGCGAUAGCGAUAGCGCAUGCGUUUGGUUUGUUUGCGGCGAUAUCGGCGAGCAUGCAUGUGUCGGGUGGGCACGUGAACCCCGCCGUGACGUUCGGAGCUCUCCUCGGCGGAAGGAUAUCGGUGCUGCGAGCCUUAUACUACUGGGUGGCUCAGCUCCUCGGUGCUAUCGUCGCCGCUCUCUUGCUCCGGCUUGUCACCAAUAACAUGAGACCAGCGUCGUUCACGUUGGCAAUAGGCGAGGGUGCGAUGCACGCGCUGAUAUUCGAGAUAGUGAUGACAUUCGGCCUGAUGUACACCGUUUACGGCACCGCCAUAGACCCAAAGAGAGGAACUAAUGGAGCACUGGCGCCACUGGCAAUUGGGCUCAUUGUUGGGGCUAACAUCCUCGUCGGUGGGCCUUUCGAUGGGGCCUGCAUGAACCCAGCUCGGGCUUUUGGGCCUUCUUUAGUGGGCUGGAGAUGGCAGUACCAUUGGAUCUAUUGGGUCGGCCCACUAAUCGGAGCUGGGCUUGCAGCUCUCGUCUAUGAAUACAUUGUCAUCCCCACCGAGCCGCCUCAUCCUCACCAGCCUCUGGCUCCCGAAGAUUACUGA